AUGCGUACGAACACUCCAGCAGUUGCCAGAAGAUCCCGAUCGCCAACUCCUGACCGAUCCUCAAGGUCUCAUAUCUUCGGACGGCCUUCUCCUCGUCCUGUUCGAACUUAUGGAAGGAAAUCACAAAGCCGUCUUGGUCCAAAUACCCCCUCUUCACGCCGCGCUGUAUCGACUCCGAGCAUUCCCUCACACCGCAAUCAUCCGCUCGCAUCUUCUUCGGUGCCCUCAACCUAUCAUCUCCUCAGCUUAACACUGGAUUAUGAAGAACCAGUAAUCCUUCCGGCUACACCUCCCCGCGAUUCUACUCCGACCCCAUGCCCUCCAAAUACAAGCACACGCGAGGUGAAUAACUUGAACCUGGAAUCCGACGAUGAUGACGAGCCGGUGUUUAUUUCGAUGAAUCCUCCAGUUGAACCGAAGCCUUUGCAGGAUGUCAGACUGAAUGGAGAACUUCAAACCAACCCCGCUCCUGAAAAUGCGCUCCAGAAUGCUCAGACCCGCAUUCAAGCUUUGAAUGAUGUCAUAAAAGAGCGGAAUGACUGCCCAUGUUGCCUGGAACUAAUGCUGCAGCCUUUUAUUCUCUCCUGUGGGCAUACCUUCUGCAAGGAUUGCCUUCUCACGAUGUCUCGCAUCCAUCUCAGGGCCAAAUACAACCUUGCUUGCCCCAGUUGCCGCACAAUCCAAGGUCAUUUUACCCCCAUCCCCAACUAUUCCAUCCAGAAAAGUGUCGACGACAUGUUGGAGAUCAAAGGUAUCCCCACUCCUACCCGUCAGCCACUUCAGUGGCCGCAUGCAUUCCGAUCAGGACCUGUGACAUUCCCCUUUCCCCGCCGCAAUGGAACUUAUCCCACCGCAGCCUCUGCUGCUGCACCUGCCCCGUUUCCCAUUUCAAUUGAUGAUUAG